AUGGAGCCCUCAGAAGAGGCACAAAGCUCCCAAGAGCUGGAUUUAGAGGAGAUAACUAGAAAGCUUUUAUUUCUUGACAAAUGGAGGGAAAUCUUUAGUUGUAACCGGUUGGGAACCAAUAAUACAACUUCUCAGAAUCAUGAAGGUGACCUUAUAUCUGCUGGUGAAACUGAAGAUGGGACAGGAAGGCCUCAGCCAAAAGGACAAGGACAUUUGCCAUCAAGUCGCCUUUGUUCUGUUCCCAAACCCUCUAUCAUCUCUUCAAAAUCGGGCGGCUUUCCUGUCUCCCUAGCAAUGGCCACAAAACUGCGCCAGACCCUCUUUGGAAAUACCAUCCAGGUCUUCAGCUCUGACUGGACAAAGGCCUAUUUCCAGUUUCAUGAGCCUUUUUCUGACCUGGCUUUUGCGUUGCAAGUGGGAAAGGGAGGUGUCCGAAGCAUUCAGAUGGCUGUACAAGGAUUCAUCAUUAAAUACCUGCUGUUUACAAGGAAGGGAAAAGACUGUAACUUCCUCAGCUUGUGCAGGAUAAGCAAGCACGAUCAGGACCACACGCUGGCGGCGGCGCUCGCAGGCAUCCUGUGGGCCGCAGGAGCAGCUCAGAAGGCCACCGUCUGCCUCAUUACUGACGACACUUAUGUCGCCCCAACUCCUGGCUACUCUGGGGACGGUUUCUCUGAACGGCUCCAGCUGUUUGAACUUUCAGACAAAGAAGCCACUGAGAAAUUCAUCUAUGAUCAUUUACAAUGUUUCAAAGGAGAAGGAUGCCAUGGCGUCAUCUUAUUUCUUUACAGCCUGAUCUUCUCCAGAACAUUUGAAAGGCUUCAGGAGGAGCUGGACGUCGCCACCACUCACCUACUACAACCAAAUGCUGGAGGUUUCCUGUGCAGGCAGGCAGUUUUGAACCUGAUUUUAACUGGAAGAGCAAGUCCACACACCUUUAACGGCUGUCAGAAAGGAAAGUCUCAAGAAAUAUUACAUGGGGUCCUGACCCGCAGUGACAUCGGCUAUUUGCAGUGGGGGAAGGGCACUUCAGACGAUGACAGACUUUCACAGGUGGGCAGCAUGCUGAAGACUCCCAAGUUACCUGUCUGGCUGUGCAACAUCAACGGAAAUUACAGUGUCCUGUUUAGCACAAACAGGCAGCUCUUAUCAGACUGGAAAGUGGAGCGCCUCUUUGAUCUGUACUUCUACAGUGGCCAGCCUGCACAGAAAAAACCUGCACACCUUACCAUAGACACUCACUCCCAUCACUGGGAAAGCGUCCAACAUGAAGAUGAACACAGACCAGGACGACGGUUUUCCCCACUGGAGAUGGUGAUCAGAACCAAGUGGAGAGAUGCCACCAUCAAUUGGAAUGGAUCUGUUCCCUUUUUCUAAAGAAGAAGCCAAGAUGUACAAUAAAGUCUGAAGCAUCAGCACUGCUGCUGCUGCUGCUAAGUCGCUUCAGUCGUGUCCAACUCUGUGUGACCCCAUAGACGGUAGCCCACCAGGCUCCCCCAUCCCUGGGAUUCUCCAGGCAAGAACACUGGAGUGGGUUGCCAUUUCCUUCUCCAAUGCAGGAAAGUGAGAAGUGAAAGUGAAGUCGCUCAGUCGUGCGCUAUGGGGACACAAAAGCCUAACUUGGGGAAGACCAUUUUAUGUUCCUUAUUCAGAAGCCCCACCCAAAACACCCCCAUAAGCAGUAUGUUUUUUCUUUUGUCUCUAUGAACUCUCUGCAGU